CGGUCCGCGCCCCCAAGCCCAGGUCGCUGUGCCGCGCCUGUUGGACGCUCGGCCCGAGUCCAGCCGGAGGCCGCGCCGGCUCCAGGCAGCCAGCGUCCACCCGCCCCUCCUCUCCCGCGUCCUGCCCGGUGCGGGGGCUGGACUCGAAUGACCGGCACUCCGCGGCGGACACGCUUCAGCUCCAUCUCCCUGGCGUUUGUUCUGCACGGGAUCAUUCGUGCCAGCACUGCUAGCGUCCUCAAGGCGCAAGCUCCGGGUUAGGUGGAAACAUGCCGCUCUUUUUUAAAAAGCAGGAUUUAACCAUUUUAUUUAGUAGUCUUGUCUUCUCCAUUCUUUACUUUUACUAUAGAAACGUGAGGCUAAGUCGGCUUCCGGAAUAUUUCACGUAAUUAUUUUAAUGUACCUUGUGCUUUAGUAACAAAAUAGGAUUCUAGUCUAAAUUCUGUUGGGUGACAUUAAUCCUUUUCUUCUCAGGUUAUAUAAAAUAUUUUGUGAAUUGGUGAAAAACGAAUUUUAUUCCAUUGCUUUUAUUUUAUUCUUUUAAUUAAGCUGUGAGUGUAGAGCAGUGGUUCCCAGUGUUUUCCCGGUUUACCAACAUUUUCCUAUCAAUGUCAGGAAUCCUUUGCGUCUCAGCAGUGUCUCAAUUUCUGCCACCUAACUAGUCCCACAGUCGUUAUUCCUUAACUUGCCAGGUAUUUUUCAGAACCAGUAACUUUCAGUGCCUUUUUGUUUAUUUCUGGGCAAGAAAUUUCCUUCAGCCACACGGCCUUAUCCCAAGCUCUGGACAGGCUACUCCGGAAAUAUGCCUUUAAAAGAAAAAAGCCCGUCAGGGUUGAGGUGGGCUAAAACAUUCUUUAAGAAAGGGGCUCAUGUCAUGAAAGUAAAACGCGUGUAUGAGAAUUAUAUGCACCGGUGAGUCUCAAACUUGAGUGUGCUUCUGAAUCACCAGGAGGACUUGUCAAAACACAGAGUUCUGGGCCCAACCUCGGUUUCUGAUCCAGUAGGUCUAGAGUGAGGACUCAAGAACUUGCAUUUCUCACAAGUUCCCAGGAAAGAAAAAAAAAUCCUAUUUGCUGUGUGGAGAAUGGGUCGAAAAACAGAAAGUGGGAAACCAUGUAGGAAACUGUUGCAGAAGCCCAGAGUCCUUUCAAACCAGUGUCCAGGGCCGACCAGAACACUGCCUGACCCAGGUGUCUGGCUGGAGACCUGAGCUGGUACAAGAAAGACUUACCUAGAAGGAAAUCACAGAGGAUAACAUGGAAAAGAAACCUCAGGAAGGCAGAAAAGGCCCCGCCCACAGAGGAGUGCCCCCCGUUGUGGGGCUGCUGCUGGGCACAGCCCUCAUGAAUGCACUCCUCUACCUCUGCCUCGAUCGGUUUUUUAUUUCCCCUCCACGUUCCGCGUUGGACCCCACUCACUGUCCCUAUGGUUACUUCAGAAUGGGACCGAUGAAAAACUGCUCCCCGUGGCUGUCCUGUGAGGAGCUGAGGACAGAAGUGAGGCAGUUGAAACGUGUUGGGGAAGGAGCUGUGAAGAGAGUCUUUCUGUCAGAGUGGAAGGAACGCAAAGUCGCUCUCUCCCGGCUCACCAGUCUGGAGCUGAAAGACGAUUUCCUCCACGGGCUGCAGAUGCUGAAGUCUCUGCAGAGUAGACAUGUUGUCACACUGCUCGGCUACUGUGAGGAUGACAAUACUAUUCUCACUGAGUAUCACCCCUUAGGGUCCUUGAGCAGCCUGGAAGAAACACUAAAUCUUUCCAAGUACCGAAAUGUGAACACGUGGCAGCACAGGCUGCAGCUGGCCAUGGAUUACGUCGGCAUCAUCAACUACCUGCACCACAGUCCCCUGGGCACACUGGUCAUGUGCGACUCCAGUGACCUGCCCAAGACGCUGUCCCAGUACCUGCUGACAAGUAACUUCAGCAUUGUGGUGAACGACCUGGACGCCUUGCCCCUGGUGAACCGCAGCUCAGGGACGUUCGUGAAGUGUGGCCACAGGGAGCUGCACGGAGAUUUCGUGGCUCCAGAGCAGCUGUGGCCCUAUGGAGAGGACAUGUCUUUUCACGACGAUCUCAUGCCCUCGUAUGAUGAGAAGAUCGACAUCUGGAAAAUUCCAGACGUCUCCAGUUUCCUUUUGGGGCAUGUCGAAGGAAGUGAUAUGGUCCGAUUCCAUUUGUUUGAUAUUCAUAAAGCAUGUAAGAGCCAGACUCCUGCAGAGAGACCCACUGCUCAGGAUAUUCUGGACACUUACCAGAAGGUUUUGAAUUCCCUCAGAGACACCACGGUGUCUCAGACAAGAGAAAUGCUCUGAAAACUAGUCCAGUCAGUGAAGGAUGGGAUUUAAGGGAUACGUGCACUAGUUGCAGUGGUUCUGCUCUAACAGUGAGCUUGUGCUGUUCAGCCAUGUGGCUCUUCCUCUACACGUCACACGUCCAUGUGCACAUGUGACUGUUCUGCCCCUUCAACAACCUGGGCGGAAGUUGCUAAGCAAGAGCAAACCAGGCUUGAUUUAAGUCUGGCUUCACUUUCUAUCGCGGGUGGCUCCCAGGUGAAGAUGCAGAGAAGCAAUGAAUCUAACCAAUAUCUGAAGGAAGUAACAAAAAUAGAGCUACAAGAAAGAGGCUUCCCUUACCCUAAUAACUGAGUUUGUAAGCUUGUAAGAAGUGUAGACAUUCUCAAAUGGCAUUAUAUGAAAGAAUCAUCGAGUAGUUCUCCAAAGAACUCUUUUUUCCUCAUUUUUUUAGAUGAUAAUCUGCCUACGUGGUCAUGGGAGUAUUUCUGGCCUGUUUCACAUGGUAUGGGCGAGGCCAUCUUUACUGUUUUAGAUGAUUGUUCCGUGAAGCUCCUUUGCCAUCCUCCCUCCCGUGAGCUAAUGGAGAACUAUUAUAGCAUGUGCUCUUUGAAAUUUUGAACGGGUAAGGAAUAUUUAAAACAGCAAGUAUAUAGGAAAUGAAAUGUGAUACUGCCUUGGAUGGUACUUGUGAAAUUCCUGUUUACCUUCCAGCUGAGUUUUCUGUAUCCCAAGUUAAUUAAUUUGAACAUUUUACAUCAACACUGUCACUCAUUACUGGAAAGUGUCAAACCCUUCCACUCAAGUUGCAUGAUUGAAUCCUUCGAAAAGCUCCUGGUCACUGUCUUCCUCAUUUGCAGGGGAUGAUGGAUUUGGUGCAUAUUAGUCAUCCCUAAUAAGGUGGUUAAAGCUGAGAGGCAGAAUCAUGGGAAUCGCAGGGACCUGGGCCUCAUUCCAGAGUCUCUGAGGCGGUAAGUCUGAGACUUUGCAUUUCUAACUGGUUCCUGGGUGAGGCUGGUGCCCCUGGUCUGCCUCUAACAGUCUGAGAGGGCACCACAGGCAGGGGCUAGCACAGUGUUAGCAUCACUAUCCCUAGUCUGCCUACUCCUACGGUUGACGGGAUUCUAUGGUUGAUCAGAGGAUAUGCUUGCCCACUGUAUUUUAACUGUUGCCUUUGUUACAAAAACAUGACAACCCACUAGGCUGGCUGUAAUCAAAAGGACAGACAAUAAUAAGUAUUGACCAGGAUGGGGAGAAUUGGAACCCUCAUACAUUGCUGGUGGGAAUGUAAAAUGAUGCAGCUGCUUUGGAAAACAGCCUAGCAGUUGCCUCAAAAAGUUAAUAACCCAGCAAUUCCACUCCCAAGUAUUUACCCAAGAGAAUUGAAAACAUGUCCACACAAAGAACAUCUCAAACUCAACAUUUCCCAAAUAACUCUUGUCUGCUCCAAAUUUGCCAUCUGUAAAUGGCACACCAUCCAUCUGAUAUCCCAGUGUAAAAACCUGGUUUAUACAGAGGGUGCCAAAAAAAAAAUGUAUACACAUUUUAAGAAAGGAAAACUGGAUUAAAAUUGUAAUACUCAAUAUACGAGAUCUGACCUGUUACAAUGAUGUUCCUAACUUUUUUUGAUAUCAGAGAGAUUAUUCAUUACGAAUUUGUACCAACUGGACGAACAGUUAACCAAGUUGACGAUUUGAAAGUGCUGAAAAGGCUGCAUUGAAAAAGACAACCUGAACUUUUC